AUGGGUCGCCCUCCCAAGACACAGGAGGAGCUCGCUGCCUUCUUGGCCAGGCCACAAGUCGACUACCACGAGCGCCGUCGCAUCGCCCUCGAGAAUAGCCGCCUGAACAUGAUGGCUCCCUCGAGAAUUAUUCUCGCCGCCGCAGCCUCGUUCGGAGUCGGCAUCUCGCUGGGCAUGACCCAGGGGAGCAAGAUGGCAGGGCUCCAGUUCCGCGCCGAGCACGCCCACAAGCUGCCAACGACACCAACCGGCUGGUUCAUGUACCACAAGAGCAAGAACUACAACAUGGCCAGGGGUGGGCUCAAGGAGGGUCUCAAGAUGGGCGCCAAGGUGUCCUUCUGGACUACAGCCAUGUUCGUGGUCGAGGACAUGUACGACGAGUACCGCGAGUCCAAGGACUUUGUCAACACCAUGCUGGCUUCCCUGACUGUCGCCGGCGGAUUCAGUCUGUGGAAUCGUUUCAGCCUCCCCAUGACGGCACGAACAACCAAGACCGCCCUUGUUGUCGGACUCGUCUAUGGCGGCCUUCAAGACGCUGCCGGCGCAGCACGAGGCCGGCACAUUGGUUACAUCGACUGGAUCAAGAGGCGGAUGCGAGGUCAGAGCAAGGAGUUGGAACAAGAAAUAUGA